AGCUUCAGUAUGGGCAUUAGACUGGUAUUAAUGAGCUUCAGUAUGGGCAUUAGACUGGUAUUAAUGAGCUUCAGUAUGGGCAUUAGACUGGUAUUAAUGAGCUUCAGUAUGGGCAUUAGACUGGCAUUAAUGAGCUUCAGUAUGGGCAUUAGACAGGCAUUAAUGAGCUUCAGUAUGGGCAUUAGACUGGUAUUAAUGAGCUUCAAUAGGGGCAUUAGACUGGGAGUAAUUAGCUUCAGUAUGGGCAUUAGACUGGCAUUGAGCUUCAGUAUGGGCAUUAAUGAGCUUCAGUAUAGGCAUUAG